GUUACAAUUACCUUACUUUUGGUCAUACAAAAAAACAAUGUAAAAGCAAAAAUAAAUGCACUAACUGCGGUAAACAACAUGAGGAAGAAAAUUUUCAAUGUAUAAAAUCAUGCAUGUACUGCAAAUCCCCUAAUCAUAAUCCCAUUGAUUGAAGAAAUACCAUGGAUUCUUGUUGGUCAAAAGAUAUUUCCCAAUUUCAGAAGUUCUCUUUUGAAAUUGCAGAAACAUUUUUCAAAAGUAAAGGGUGGACACAGAGUGACAUUAGUCGUGGUUAUAAAUUUUUUGCAGGAGGUUUUGUCCACGAUGUGUUGUUCGAUAAGCUGGGAUCAACGCUUAAAGCGAAAUGUUAUAGAAGUAAAAAAAAAUGA